AUGGGGACGACGCCCAAGAUGAAGAGGAAGGAGCUGCGUCUACAGCUUGAGAGGACGAAUGUGGUGGCAAUAACCGCGAACACCUCAGUUGUAGGAUUAGCGGGGAGGAUCCCGACCUCGGCAAGAGGGGAGGCGCCUCUCCCGAGAAGAGGAAGAUCUGGAACCACCAGAUACCCAAGGGAGACGAGGAUCAGGGUGGUGGAGGGCGAAAUUGUUAACUCUCCAGUUGCGGAGAGCGUUUCGGUCGGUACACCAGCCCUCAGCGGCUCUGGUGGCGGAGCUGACGCUGGAGAUGCAUCCUCAAAUGCACCCAGCGUGAUAGAUGUAGAGACGGAGCAGGAAAAGUCCACGGAGGGAGACCCGACGCCCUCUACCUCCGUCGAGGACUCUGAAGAUCUAUCUUCAUCGUUUGACCAAGUUCCUAAGAAGGGUAAGAAGAGGGGGCGGAAGCCGAAGGGCUCCAACUGCCUGGGAGCUCACGCCCUGUCUAAGCUCUCCUCGAAGCGUAUGGACUUCGAGGAUGACGAGCUGGACAGGGUGGACUUUUUCAAGAUCCCCAAGAGGCCCGGACGCGGACUGAAAAGAAGGAAGGGCUUAGCUGAAUAUCAUCUGGACGACAGGCUUUCGUCCUGCCAAAAGGAUGCCAUAGAGGAGGUGACUGCCCUAUUCCCUCAAAUGUCCCCAAAAUCGGUGAUGGCGGAGACUCUGAGGGUGCUGGAGACCGCGGGCGAAGCGGAAAGGCGGACCCAAACCAUGAAGGGAGACCUGCGCCGCCAAAUAAAGGUAGGCGUUAAUGUGGCCAAAAUUGCGGUUCAAAGGCUGGUCUCAGAGAUCUCAAAAGGUACGGGACCAACCGAUGAAGUCAGGGCCAACAACCUGGCCCUGGAAAGAGAGGUGAUCAAACUCCGCCGGGAGGUGGACACCCUCCGGCGAGAGAGAGAGAAAAUGAGAGAACAAAUGAACGCGCUGCAGAAUACGGUCCAAGAAUUGAAGGACAGAAACAGGGAACGAGGCCGCGGCAGGAGCCGCGUCCCAUCCUCGGAUGUAGAGACCCGCGGUGAAGGCUCUCCGAUGAGAACCCGGGGACGAGUUAGGGGUGAGCGUACUGUGAGGAGCAAUGAUGUCUACGUGGAUGCAGCCGAGAACCUCCCUCCGGCAUACCGACCGCCGAUUGGUGGGGUCUGUAAAAGGUUAGAGGACAGGCCCCCUCGACUAACGAGGGUAAAUGACAUGGGGGAUAUAGAGAUGGGAGACGCAAGGCGAUCCGCCCUGAAUAAAUGUGGGGACGCGUAUGCGUUAAGAACAAAAAAGGGACCGAUGGGCGGCAAUGACGGAACGGGGCUUGGAGGCGACCGGGACCUGGAGAGUUCGCCGCCUUCGAUGGAGUACCCGGCCAGUGACGAAGCCUGGACGGAGGCAAGGUCGAAAAGGGCGCGCAAAAGGUUGAGGAAGAAAGAGAAGACAAGAGCGGCCCCUGAUGCGAGUGUCGAGGUGCGGGACGGACGGGUUGUUGUGCCCCCGCCUUCCGUAGGGGGUACUACUGCCGGAGUGCGCCGGGCCGGCACGGCUAAAAACACGACGGGAGCGAGUGCGCGCGGUGGGGCACCGAGAGGCCCCACUUUCGACAGUGCUGCGAAUCGCCCUCGCGCGGGGGACCCGGGAAACGCGGGGAGGCGACCCCCCCCCCCAGCGAAGGAUAAUAGGUUCCGGGCACCAAGAACGGCAGCGGUGUUAAUAAAGUGCGCGGAGAACGAGGAAAGGCCGGGCGGAGUGACGUAUGCUGGGGUCAUGAGACUUGCCAGGAGCAAGAUCUCAUUAGAUGACCUCAGCAUCGUCAACACGCGGAUAAGGAAGGCGCAGGCCGGGGGCCUCCUUAUCGAGAUCCCAGGAGGGGAAGAAGCUGGGGCCAAAGCGGAGGCUCUGGUGAAUAAGCUGAAAGUUGUCCUCGCUGAUAGUGAGUAUAAAGAGGAGGUGAAGGUGAUCAGGCCGAUGCGAAGGGCGGAAAUCAGACUGGUCGACAUUGACCAGUCUGUUACCGCUGAAGAGGUGGUUGAGGCAGUGGCGAGGAGUGGACAAGCGCAGACUUCGGACAUUAGGGUUGGCCCCCUUAGGCCUGGAAGGGGUGGCCUAAAUGCCGUGUGGGUACAAUGCCCACUGUCGUGCGCGAAUAAAUUAUUAGGCGACGGGCGUCUAAGAGUGGGGUGGACAAUGGCGGGAGUGGUGCCCCUGGCAAAGCGGAGGCUUCAAUGCUUCCGCUGCUUUGCUGUGGGGCACACUAGAGCCAACUGUCUGAGCCAGGUGGACCGCUCCACCUGGUGCUUUCAAUGCGGCGGAAGUGAUGGACAUAGAGUUGCCGGCUGCAGAAAGCCCCCGAAUUGCCCGGUAUGUGCGGGGCGAGGGUUACCUUCGGGGCACCGUGCGGGCGCGACAGAGUGCGUGCCGUAUAACGGACGCGGACAAGCACCUAAUAGUGACGACACGCGUGUGAACAUUGAGGGAACAUCUGCCGGGGCUGAUCGGGGAGCUCUGGCACCAGCAGAUGAGCCGGGUAGUAUGGAGGUGACCAAUGGCUAG